UUAAUGAUCACGUUCAUGGGAGAAAAGGGUUUAGAGGGAAAAAUAGCUGGAAGUGAUGUCGAUGAACCCAUCCCUUUUUUAUUUGCCUGCAUGCUAAACAUACUUUAACACUCAUACUCAGUCUCUGCUGGACACAUUCACAAAUUACUUUGCAGUGGUUCUUUGAGCAAACUUUCACUGAGAAUGGCCUCCAAUACAAGUCUUCCAUCAAACUAUACAGUCAACACUGCCAAUGCCAUUAUGAAUAAUAUUACCAUUGUCCUCUACACCAUUACCAUUAUCAUCGGCGUCACUGGGAACUCUUUGGUCAUCUGGGUGGCUAGCAAGCGUCUGAAGCCCAACGUCACUAAUGUAUGGCUGGUCAAUCUCGCUGUAGCAGACCUGAUCUUCUGCUUUACCCUUGUACCUUCACUCCUCAGAAAACUUUUUUUUGACCACUGGCCUUUUGGAGCCAUUAUCUGCAAGUUCAGUGGUUUCUUCAAGUACACCAACAUGUUCUGCAGUGUUUUUCUUCUGGCUGUCAUCAGUGUGGAUCGAGUGCUCUGCAUCUGGCGUCCAUUGUUCACCAGAGAACGACGGACGUUAUGUGCUGCUCGUGUGGUCAGUGUGGGAGUUUGGAUCGUGGCGGUGAUCUUUAGUUCACCAUACUAUGUUUACCGGGAGGUCUAUCCUGGUGACAAAAAUUUGAGCAAGUGCUCAAUGGAGGAGAAAGAAGCAUCAAAGAGUGACAAUUCAGCAGAGAAAGCCUUGUACAGCAUUCGCUUUUUAUGUGGAUUCCUGUUGCCCUUCCUGGUCAUCCUGUGCUGCUACAUUCUAGCUGGCUUUGGUAUACGCAGAACAAGGUUUUCUGGUAAAACGAGGCCUCUCCGUAUUCUUGCUGGACUUGUCUUUGCCUUUUUCAUAUGUUGGGGUCCCUACCACUGCCUGCUGCUUGCCAAGAUGGUAUACAAGAAGAGCCCCGCUGUUAAAGUGGGUGUGUCUAUUACUAAGGGCUUUGCGUUUUUCAACAGCUGCGUGAACCCGGUUCUGUACUUCUGCAUGGGACUGGAUGUUAGGCAACGCUUCAGACAAAGCAUAUCAGGGAUUUUACGCAGAGCACUUACGGAAGAAGGCCACACUUUGCACCCCCAGGAAGGCAUUGGGGAAGAAAGCUGUAAUUCAUUUCCAAAGACUGCAGAGAUUGUUCGAGACAGACUGUAGGGCAUGACUAAAGUUUAAAAAAGUUUUAAUGUAAUGUAAUGUAAUUUUUGCUUUUUAGCAGUACCCGUCAAUGAGGAAAUUUUAUGAGGAGGCCGUUUGAAGUGUGAUUUUUUUCUUUUUUGAAAAUCAUACUACCAGACUAUUUCUAAAAUAAUCGAAUUAAGAACGUUUUAAUAGAAAACAUAAAAAGAAAACAUUCAAUAAGAGUAGUCUUUAUAAUUAAUAACUUUUUAUUGUGAAAACCUAAAAAUAAUUAUGAAAUCAACAUGUAUGUUUGUGAGUAUGAUUUUGACACUUUUGCAGAGCAAACUGAUUCUUGCUUUUGAUAAGCUUUAGAUUUCGAAACAAUGGUUUUCACAAGUCUGCUUCUGUGAUGUCUUAGCAUUAACAUGUAAGCCACUGUUUAGCAGCUAUCUGUACAUUUCCUUGCUCCAAAGCCAAUAAACUGUGAACAGGUUUCCUGAGAAA